CCACCUUCGUUUGUUUCGCCUGCGGAGCGCAGGCAGACGUUGCAGGAGGAGCGUCGGCGCGAACACGCGGAGCAGUUGGAACGGCGGCGUGUGUUGUACGAGCCGUCUUUAGACCCGUCUAAGCAGAAGACGGCGGAUGCGAAAAAAACGUUGUUUGUGGGUCGAUUGAGUUACGAGACGACGGAGAAGAAAUUACUAAAAACAUUCGAAGCAUAUGGGCCGGUAAGAGAUAUCCGAGUGGUAGCGGACCUGGAGGGGAAGCCUCGAGGAUACGCAUUUGUUGAGUUUAAAAAUGAAGAAGGAAUGUGGAACGCUUAUAAAAAUGCAAAUCAGAAAGUAAUUGAUGGACGGGCGGUACUGGUGGAUACCGAAAAGGCUCGCGUCGUUUCAGGCUGGCUCCCACGACGUCUUGGUGGUGGUGAAGGACCACCCCGCAAAGGCGUCAAGGUUACUCGCGCCGCCGACCACCGAACCGAAUAUGCACCCGUGGGUCGCGGCGGAAGGGGACGAGGUCGCGGUGGUGGUCUCGCCCCUCGUGGAAGCACUCGUGGACGCGGCUUCCAUCGCGGCGGAAUACCCGGCCGUGGCGGUUCGGAGUACCGCGGCCGUGGGGCCGGCAUCGGUGCACGUCGCACCACCGGACCGUACGACCGUAGUAGCUACGACGGCGAAGGCCGGCGUACCGCUGGCUUCGGCGCAGCCACUGGCCGCAGCUCCUACGGGGAAGGGCGCAGCUCCUACGGAGAAGGACGCAGCUCCUACGGAGAAGGACGCAGCUCCUACGGAGAAGCACGUAACUACGGCGGCGAGGGACGUAACUACGGCGGCGAAGGACGCAGCUCCUACGGAGAAGGACGAACCUACGGCGAGAAGACCACCUAUGACAAAGGCUCAUAUGACAAGGGCUCGUAUGAGAAAGGCCCGGGCGCCCACGACCGAGGCCAUGGACACUAUGACAGCAGAACCUCACACGACCGGAGCGGCUACAAGUCCACCUUCCCCCCCGAGAAAUCCAUGCCUUACGCAACAGGUGGGUCCUAUGAAAAGGGACAAUAUGAGCCGCGAUCGUCCCACGACCGAACCUAUGACGCUCCUUGGUCGUCAGGCAAGUACUCCGGAUAA